AUGUCAGAAAAGUUAACAGAGUUCACUGAGCAGUGUGAUGAAACACCAUCAAAUGAACAUGAGGAAGCAAUCAAUCGAAAAUUUUGUGGAAAAUCCGAAUGCAAAUUUUUAUUUACGUAUCUUCAACCGGAACAAGAAACGAAAGCUAAUAUGCAUUUUAGGUCAUUUGUAAAACUUGCAAAAGCUCUCAAUCGUACGAUGGUCUUGACCAAUGUCGGACAUUCUAGAAUUAAUGCAUGUCAAAAUUUCGCAUUUGGAUUCUAUUAUAAUGUUAAAGCUUUACGAAAGAUGUUUCCAGACGUAAAAUUUAUCACACAAAAAGAUUUUCAAUGUUGGUCGAAAAAGAGAAGAAUCAAACCUAACACGGAACACGUAAAAAUUUUACCUGGUGGAAAAAUUCAAUCUAUGAAAUUGGUUACACCUUAUCCCGAUUUACUUAAAACGAAAAGUUGCCUUAAUCGAUUCGGAUUUAAGAUGGAUGAUCAAACCGUUUUUAAACAAUUCUAUACUGGUCAAAAAAGUCUAGAAUCAAUUAAAAAACAAACAAAAUUCUCCGAAUUUCUUAUAAAUAAUCUCAAAACGGACGUCGAGAUAUUGUUAACAACACAUUUAGUAUAUUACCCAUUAUUUCCAAAUAUCUCAAAUCCCAUACCAUACAGUAAUCAUAACUUUGAAGAGGCCUCAAAGAUUAUUAAUAGAAUUAAACCAUAUGUGGCGAUUCAUUGGAGGAUGGAAAGGGCAAUACUUGAUAAAUUACCUGAAUGCGCCGAAGCGUUAGUUAAAAAGCUUCAGAAGAUUAAAGAAUCGCAAGGGAUUCAAAACGUUUAUCUUGCAACGGAUUAUCCAAUCACCGGAGGGACAACACAAUCUCAAACUUUUCAUCUUUUAACCGAAAAACAUCAUAAAGCUAUUAAUCUCUUAAAUUCAACAUUUAAUAUUCACACGUGGUCGUCUUCGAAAAUCUUUGCUAACUUAAGAAAUGAUGAAAUGAUUGAAAAAGAAUUUUCAGGUGCAGGAAUUCCGGGAAUUGUAGAUAAAUUGGUUUGUAUGGAUGCGGACUAUUUUUUGGCGACCCCUGAGGGAUGUGGAAGAGCCCAAAGCACAUACACGACAAUGAUCAUUAAUGAAAGAGAAAAAUCAAUAGAACUUGGCGUUAAACCACAAUUAAAAAAUAUCGUUGAAAGAUGGUGA